AUGUUCCCAACACGAGCGCUGCUGAAGCGCUCGGUGUGGAAAGGACCACAUAUCGUCCCUCUUCCGCUCACGCACAUGAAACCCGGCGACCGAGUCAUCCCGAUCAAGACGCAAGCGCGCUCCGCGACCAUAUUACCCAAUUUCGUAGGACGAAAGUUCCAGGUGCACAACGGGAAGAUCUACCAUGAGUUUAUGGUGACGGAGGACAUGGUGGGCCAUAAGCUGGGAGAGUUUUCACCGACGCGGAAACGGUUCUACUACAAGCAGUCGAAGAACAAGUAAACGGAGUGCAUGCAGAUUUGCGCUGACAUCGCAUUGGCCGGAGUUCCAGGGCGAUGGAAUAUAGUCAUGAUACCAUAUGUAUACUAGAAUCCUCAGAGUUUGAACCCUCGAUGCCAACGGGGUAUCCACCCGUGUCCGUCCCAUGUCCCAAACUCCACGACGAAAUGCAAUCCAUAAUUAAUGC